CCUCUUUCAACUUUCUCGACAUUUUUUUUUUUCAAAGUUCGCGACACGCUGCCCCCGGCAAUUGUACGGUGAGAUAUGGCUAGGCACCCGGACGAUCAAAGCUAUGAUGGGAUCACGAUACCGCCUCUCUAAGCAGGAAGUGGGCCAUAUGGGUUGGCUUAAGGGAACCCUAUCCUUGGCUUAGUCAAAACUCUGCACUUCUUGCCCCUAUUAGCCACAUCCGCGGACUUCCUCCCAGCGCAGAAACUUAUCACCCGCAGAGAAUACUGUCAAAAAAGAUACCUCAUACAGGUCGCUACCACAGUAUGGGUCAUGUUUUUUUGACGGCAUUCUGCCGCACUAGCAGUUUAUUGCUACAGUCAUACGGCAUUUAUCCGACUUAUAUAAGCUCGUAUAAACCCCUUAAUCGUUAGAAAGGAUUUCGUUUAUCUUUAGCGACGCGAAAACUGGAUUCUUAGUUAUAUUACACUAGCCAGGUUCUCCAAAAAAUAGGCAAAAACAAACCAUUCGGACAAUUUUGAUAAUUGUGGCGUGAAGCCUAUUUGUUUCCACGUUUCCACACGCUAUUUUUUUCUCCUAUCUGCUCUCAGCUUGUUUACUGUACCUGCAGAUACUGCAUAUUAGUUGCUUUUUAUUUGACAAAUCAAUUAUCCAAUCACACCUAUCUACUCCCUGCAGUGCAACCAUGCCAAAGCAAGACAUUUAUCAGCUUCACCCAAACGGCUGGGAGAGCGACCCAGAAGUAGAAUUUCGCAAAGUAACCACACUCGACUAUUUGGCAGCCUGCGUCUAUACCAACUAUGCUGUUUUCUUUAGGUUGGAUGAUGAUAAGAAGCAAUUGGCUGCCUCUACGCUGAAGGCUGGCCUCGAGCGCACUAUUACGCAAAUUAGACAUAUUAUCGGCACGAUUGAGAAAGAUGAAGAGAAGGGUGGUCACGUGUUCAUCAAGAAGAAGGAUAGCACAGUCCCUUUUCAUGUUCAAUGGCUCGACUCGCCUGAGGACAAGGAUAAAUACCCGUCCUUCGAUGAUCUCGAAAAGGCUAAUUUUGGGUCGGUGGCCAUGGGCGACCUCAAGAUCUGGAGUGUCGAACCCAUGACAUACGGGGAGAAGCCAGAGGCACACCCUGACAAUCACCCCAUUAUUUCAGCUUUCAAGGCUAAUUUCAUUCGUGGUGGCCUAGUCCUCAAUAUGCAUUUUCAUCAUUACGCUUGCGAUGUGAUGGGCAUGUCUGGAUUUGUAGAGCAAUUGGCCGACAACUGCUACGCUAUCGUGAAUAACACUCCGUUUCCUCCUUGGAGCGAUAACCACUUUGGUGUCCCGCAUUUUAUCAAGGAUCUACCUCCCGAGGACCAGAUGAUUGACGGCCCUCCUCAGCCCCAGCGUCAUCCAGAUCAUAUUGGGGCUACAAUGUACCUGUUUCACCUACCUAAGAGCAAGGCAGCCGAGUUGAAGAAGCUAGCUAGCCCCGACAACGGUACUUGGAUCUCAACUUAUGAUGCCUUCAUAGCGUUCCUCUUUCGGACGACGACCCGGCUUCGUGCUCCCUUCUUUAAGCCAGAUAUGUCGUCGAAUGUGGCCUGGGCUCAAUCAAUGGAUAUGCGAAGACGCCUUCAUACCCCAAAGUGCCCACCACGCAUGCAAGGAAAUGUGUACUUCGUGGCGUCAACCACAAUGACUAACGUCCAACAGCCAACUGUUGCGCAGAUCAUUUCAGAAUGGCCCUUGUCUAGGCUGGCGCAAUACAUCCGUCAGAUGACCGACGAAGUAACCCAGGAACGUGUGGAUGAGGUGCUUAACCAGCUAGCACCGAUACGUGAUAAGCCGGCCUUGAUGACCCGCACAGAUUCGUUUCCACCAUUAUCAAACCUCCAGACUGACCAUCGUGACGUCAAGGUCACCCUGUGCGAUUUUGGAUUCGGCAAGCCGAUCGGGUAUCGACAUGUCAUAGAUGUGGUUACUGAGAAUCUUACAUUUGUGUAUCCGCCGCGCGACAGGUCCCCCGAUUCAGACGAGGGUCCUGAGCUCAGCAUCUCGUACGAGACGAGGUUAGCUGAUGGGCUAAUCAACGAUCCUGAAUGGAACAAGUAUUUCGAAUACAGAGGAAUUGACUGCGUUCACACCGGUCAGCACCACUAGCUAAUCUAGCCAGGGGGGGUUGUGAUGUUGGGGCAUUCUGAGCGUAGCGCAAAAUUUAGACUUAUGAGAUUUAUGAGACCUAUGUAUGUAGAUAAUUAGUAGUUAGAUCUGGUUCUUACAUCCACAUGUAGUUAGAUAUCUCCAUAAUGUAGUGUAUAUUAUCAA